CUUGUGAAGUGGACUCUCUUUUCUCGGUUUGCGGGUGCGGCCCAGACUCGCGUUUAAUAUUAUAUCAUACUUCGACAUAAUUAUGCAAUAUUGUUCAAUUCAUGCCGAUGUAGCAACACAGUACAUAUAGAGUAAUUGUAUCAUUGUAUGUAUAGCAUAAGUUGACUUUCUAACAAACUUUUGACUUUUUCUCGAUACAUCCACUUUUUUCCCGGGCAACAAAUAUUUUUAAAAAUCUCAAUUUGUCAUAAUCUUUAAAACCAACCAACUUUUCUUAGCGUGUACACUAACUUUUACAUGAUAUUAGUUUAACCCCAGCAUUUCAUUGUGAAACAGAGUAAAGCACAACAACAAAAACAAAAAAGAGAAACAAAAAAAAAUAAAAAAAAAAACCCAGACAUUUUCAUCAAUGGUGGCAGCCAAAAUCUUGACGUUUAGCGUGCUUUCGGAAUGAGUGGAGCAGGGCAGAUUUAUCGGCGAGGCCUCACUACCCGUCGAUGCCGAAAUACCCGAAAGGAGUUUCGACGAAAGAGAAGGAGAAGAUUGAAGGGUCUGAAUCCAAAGCUCUGUUUUCUGUUAUUGGUAUGACUUGUUCUGCUUGUGCUGGCUCUGUUGAGAAGGCGAUUAAACGACUUCCCGGUAUUCAAGAAGCUGUUGUUGAUGUUUUGAAUAAUAGGGCUCAAGUUAUCUUUUAUCCUUCUUUUGUCAAUGAGGAACAAAUUCGUGAAACAAUUGAGGAUGUUGGUUUUGAGGCUGCUUUGAUCCAAGAUGAUAUUAGUGAAGGAAGCACUCAAGUGUGCCGGGUACGAAUAAAGGGAAUGACUUGUACUACUUGUUCAAAUUCAGUUGAAGCUAGUCUUCUUGGAGUUCAAGGUGUUAAAAAGGCUCAAGUUGCAUUAGCUACCGAGGAGGCUGAAAUUGAAUAUGAUCCGAAGCUGAUAAGUUACAUUGAGCUACUGAAAGCUGUAGAUGAUAGCGGGUUUGAAGCUGAACUUAUCAGCACUGGAGAAGAUAUUAGCAGGAUGCAGCUCAAGGUUGAUGGCAUAAGCUUAAACGAUUCGUGGGAUACGAUUAAAAGUUCACUUGAGGCACAUCCUGGUGUGCAAACUGUAGAAAUUGAUCAGACUCUUCAGAAAAUAUCACUUUCUUACAAGCCUGAUAUGACAGGACCUAGGAACUUUAUUGAAGUGAUCGAGUCAGUUGGAUUGGGGCAUUUCAAGGCUAUGAUAUAUCCUGAAGAAGGUGGAAGAGAUUCUCAUAAACACGAGCAAGUUAAGGAGUAUUAUCGAGCAUUCCUCUGGAGUCUUAUCUUCACGAUACCAGUGUUUCUGACCUCUAUGGUCUUCAUGUAUAUACCGGGUGUUAAACAUGUGUUUGAUACUAAAAUAGUGAAGAUGCUUACUGUUGGAGAAGUACUAAGGUGGGUUCUAGCAACUCCAGUUCAAUUCAUUAUUGGUUGGAGAUUUUACUGUGGAUCGUACAAAGCGUUAAGGCAUGGUUCUGCUAACAUGGAUGUGUUGAUUGCCUUGGGAACAAAUGCAGCAUACUUUUAUUCAGUCUAUAUUGUGCUUCGAGCUGCAACAUCUAAAACCUUUGAGGGAACGGAUUUCUUUGAGACAAGCUCUAUGCUCAUUUGCUUUGUUCUUCUAGGAAAGUAUUUAGAGGUUUUGGCUAAGGGGAAAACAUCUGCAGCCAUUGCCAAGCUCAUGGACUUGGCCCCUGAGACAGCAACACUAUUGGCCCUCGACACAGAUGGGAAUGUCAUAAAUGAAAAGGAAAUUGAUAGCAGAUUGAUACAAAAGAAUGAUGUGCUGAAAGUUCUCCCUGGUGCAAAAGUAGCCUGUGAUGGUUUUGUAAUUUGGGGUCAAAGCUAUGUGAACGAAAGUAUGAUAACAGGAGAAUCUCGGCCAGUGCCCAAGAGGAAGGGGGAUACAGUCAUAGGUGGGACAGUGAAUCAAAAUGGAGUGUUACAUAUCAAGGCUACGCGAGUUGGGUCAGAAAGUGCACUUUCUCAAAUUGUCCGUCUUGUUGAAUCAGCAUCAGCACAGAUGGCCAAAGCACCUGUGCAGAAGCUUGCUGAUCGUAUAUCCAAAUUUUUCGUUCCUUUGGUCAUUUUUCUCUCAAUUUCAACUUGGCUAGUAUGGUUCUUAGCCGGAAAAUUCAAUACAUAUCCAAAAUCAUGGAUACCCUCAUCUAUGGAUAGCUUUCAGCUUGCAUUACAGUUUGGCAUUUCUGUGAUGGUUAUAGCCUGCCCUUGUGCUCUCGGAUUAGCAACACCCACUGCGGUUAUGGUUGGUACUGGAAUUGGUGCAUCUCAAGGUGUUCUCAUAAAAGGUGGCCAAGCUUUGGAGUCUGCUCACAAGGUCCAACACAUAGUCUGAAACCAAGAGAUUCUUGUUGGUAACAAGAGCUUGAUGUUGGACCAAGGAAUUGCCAUCGCCAUCGAGGCAGAGGAAUUACUUGCUGAAGCAGAGGAUUUGGCUCAAACUGGUAUUUUAGUAUCGAUUGGAGGUACUAUGGCAGGGAUUAUAGCCAUUUCUGAUACACUGAAACCGAGUGCACGUGAUGUCAUAUCUAUUCUCAAGUCUAUGAAUAUCAAAAGCAUUGUGGUCACUGGUGACAACAAGGGCACUGCAAACUCCAUUGCCAAACAAGUUGGAAUAGAGACUGUUAUUGCUGAAGCAAAACCUGAACAAAAAUCAGAGAAAGUAAAGGAAUUACAGGCAGAAGGUUAUAUAGUGGCUAUGGUCGGAGAUGGAAUCAAUGAUUCACCGGCAUUAGUAGCUGCUGAUGUAGGAAUGGCAAUCGGUGCAGGGACAGACAUAGCAAUUGAAGCAGCAGAUAUUGUUCUCAUGAAGAGCAAUUUAGAGGAUGUCAUAACUGCCAUUGAUCUUUCUAGGAAAACUUUCUCCAGGAUACGGUUGAACUAUGUAUGGGCAUUGGGUUACGAUGUGCUUGGGAUCCCUAUUGCUGCCGGGGCCUUGUACCCUUCACUGAGGUUCCGGUUACCACCAUGGAUUGCUGGAGCUGCAAUGGCCGCGUCAUCAGUCAGUGUUGUUUGUUGGUCUCUCUUGUUGAAGAACUACAAAAGACCAAAGAAGUUAGACACUCUUGAAGUCAGGGAAAUAAGGGUUGAAUGAUAUGAUAAAUAUAUACAGGGUUGUGAAUCUGUCAAAAAUGUGUACAUAUUAUAAAUUGUGCAGCUGAGUUAUGAUUUGUGUUCA